AGCUGAACUAGAAGGUGCCAGUUGUGUCCUGAACAUCAGGACGUACACGCGUACUACGAACCAGAAGAAGCCCCGUGUGACGCAACGCAAGUCGAUCGGACUCUACCCUGCCACGGACGGACCACGAAUCGGAAUCGGAACUCGGUUGGCGCUUCGCCUCGAUCCGGUUCCCGUGUUAUAAAGAGAGGAAAACACCUCCCACGCUCCGCACUCACGAACUCUCCGCUCGUUCAUGGAACAAGUCGCCCUCGCGCACGAAGCGAUCUAGACUAGGUCUCCGGCGAGCAAGAAGAUCGAUGGCGGAGAGGCAGCAGGAGGUCUCCGGCGGCGGUGCAGCGGCGCCGUUGUGCGCCAACGGAUGCGGGUUCUUCGGGAGCGCGGCGACCAAGAACCUCUGCUCCAAGUGCUACAAGGAGCACCUGAUGAUCAAGACCGCCGACGACGCUGCUGCUGCUCCCGUCGUCGACGAGAAGAAGAUCGAGGUCGUCGCCAAGGCUCCUCCUGCUGCUGCUCACGUGAUGCCCGAGCAGCUGCUUGGUCAUCAAGAUCCUGAUGACGCCACCGCUGCCGUUGCAGUGGCCACGGCCACGCCGGUUAUUGCUCAAGCGCCGACGUCGGCGACAGAGAAGGAGAACGGCGAUCCCGUCGAGACAGAGAACCAUGAAGCAUCCGGCGGCGGCGGCGGCGGCGGCAGCAUCAAGUGCGCGGCGAACGGGUGCGGUUUCUUCGGAUCCACGGCGACCAAGAACAUGUGCUCCGGCUGCUACAGGGACUUCCUCAAAGACGCUCACGCCUCCCCUGCUGUGGCGGACAAGGUCGUCCUCGCGGCCGAGCAGCUGGCGGCGGUCCAGAUCUCUGCUGCAACCUCCAGUGCUGCACCAGCGGUGGAGGCGGCGCCGGCGGCGGCGCCCACCAACAGGUGCGCGUCGUGCCGAAAGAAGGUGGGGCUGCUGGGGUUCCCCUGCCGCUGCGGCGGCACGUUCUGCUCCCUGCACCGGUACGCGGAGAAGCACGCCUGCGACUUCGACUUCAAGGCGGCGGGCCGGGAGAAGAUCGCCAAGAACAACCCGCUCGUCGUGGCAGCCAAGAUCAACAAGAUCUGACGAUGCAGACGACGAAACCUUGCCUGUCUCCCUUUGAUCCCUUCCAUGCACUUCAGAUCCAUUCCCGUCACGCGAAGUUUUUGCACAAUACUUUUUUUUUCCGUCCAUUAGAUCCAUGUAACACUCGCUGUGCAAUCAUAUUGACGAAUUUAGAAAUUGCAAUGCAUACUUGUUCGAUGAAUGAGUCGCGCUCGUGCACAUCGUCCCUGUGAAUUACUGUGAUCAUGAAAUACUACCAGUUGUUGGAUGCGA